AUGUCGAAUAAACGACCUUUAUCACCUGAAUCAACUAAUAGUCAAAUUAAUGAUAUUAAUAUACGUUCAUUAAAACGUUUAAAACUUCAUUCAAUAAUACAAGAAUUACGAAAUGAAGAAGCUAAUUUAGUUAUAUUGAAAAAAUUACGUUCAUGUCAACAAUUAGCAACACGAACAAAUAACAAUAUAUUACCAACAACAACAACAACAACAACAACAACAACAACAACAACAAAUGGUUUUCAUCCUACAGCAACACGUAUUCUAACAACUAAACCUACAACACCUAAUACUUCAUUGUCUAAUUCAUCAUCACGUACAUCUCUUCAACAAUCAUUAACAUCAGCUACACGUAAACCAUCUAAUUCAAUAAAUCCACCAUUACCAACAAAAAUUCCAACACCUCUACCAACAAAAACUUCAUCAUCAACAAUUUAUUCACUUGAAGAACGUAAAACUCAAGCUAAAAAAGCUUUACGUACACAACUUGAACGUGAUUUAUUAAAUAUUCCAUCACCAAAACCAUUAUUACGAGAUAUAUUAUUUAUACCAAAUCCAACUAGUCUUGAAUUUCAACCAUAUAUUGGUCUUGAAGAUGUUGUACAAUGUUUAUAUGAAUUACAAACUGAUCGACAACGUUUACCACAACGUUUUACUGAUCGUGCACAUAUUGAUGAACCGCAUAUAUGUGAUCAUUGUGGUACAGAUUUUACAAUACGUUGGUGGAAACAUAUAAAUACAAAUCAACAAAUAAAUAUAUUAUGUGAUCGUUGUAAAAAACAAGUUAUACGACGUACAUCAAAAUCUGAACAUUCAACAUUAUUAAAAAAUGUUUUUGUAUCAGCUAUGGAACAAGAAAAAGAAAUUGAAAAAACUUUUCAAACACUUAUUAAACAACAACAAAAAAAUGCAUCACGUUCAUCAUCAUCAUCAUCAGUAUCAACAACAAAACCAGUUACAAAUAAUACUAAUAAUAAUCGUCCAAUACCAUCUAUUCCAUCAUAUAAUCAUCAUCAUCAUCAUCAUCAUCAUCAUCAACAACAACAACAACAAAAACCAAAAACAAAAAUAUCUUUACCACAAACACAAAAUUUUGCAACAAAAAUUUCUCAACAAUCAACAUCAUUGAUAAAUGCAACACGAAAAUCAAAUGUUAUUGUACAAUCACAAAUAAAUUCAACAAAUAAUAUACGAUCAUUACAACAUAAUAAAAUACCUAUGCCAGCUCAUCAACAUCAACAAUUUCGUUCAGCAACUGCUUUACCACAACAAACAAAAACUAAUCAAUUAGUUAAAACACCUAAAACUGCUAUACGACAACAACAACAAAACCAACAAGUUGUAUCAUCUCGUCCUAUGUAUCAUCAACCAACAAGUGGUAUAAUUUCAUCUUCAAAUAUUCAUCCAUCAAUAUCAUCAUCAACUAAUAUAAGACCAACAGCAACUAAACGACGAACACUUCCUACAGAUAAUUUGAAUGGUACCAAAAAAGCUUUAGUAUUCGUGGCUAAUGGUUCCGAAGAUAUUGAAGUAGUGGCUACGGUCGAUGUGUUACGACGAGGUGGUAUCGAUGUAAAAUUAUGUAGUGUUGAAAAAAAUGAUAAAAAACCAAUAACAUGUGCUAAUAAUAUUCAACUAGUACCUGAUUUACAUAUAGACGAUGUUCAAGGACAAAAAUUUGAUGCUAUUAUUGUACCUGGAGGUAGUAAAGGUACAGAACAGAUAGCAUCGUGUAAAAAAGCGGGUACUCUUCUUGUUGAUCAUUAUAAAACAAAUAAAUUAGUUGCAGCUAUUUGUGCUGGUCCUAUAGCAUUAAGUACACAUUUAUAUGAUGCUGAUGAAAAUACACGUAAACAUGAUAUAACAUGUUAUCCUGAAGCAGUUAAUACACUUAAAAAUAAAUUUAAAUCAAUUAAACUGGAUACAGCUGUUGUUUAUAGUGAAAUUAAUAAUCAUCAUUUAAUUACAAGUCAAGGACCAGCAACAGCAAUUGAACUUGCUUUAAAAAUUUUAUCUCAUUUAAUUGAUGAAAAAAAAGCUGAAGAAAUACGUAAAAAAGUACUUGCUUAA